AUGAAUGAACGUUUGUUAUCUACAACUAUUGUUACUUCUGAAUUACCAUUAAAGAAAUACCUGCAAGUAUUUCCCGAUAGAACAGUUAUAAUCCACCGUUCUCCUUUGGAUGGCCUUUCUCAUCCUUUUACCAUCAAAGACUGCACACCAUCUUUAAAAGGAAAGGAAUCACCAGUAUUAUGGAAACCAAUCAUCUAG